UUCUGAGUUUAUACGACAAACGGGCCAACGAGGGCCCCGGAUUGGACCCCUCGUUCUUAAAAGCGGAUCGAAGUUGCAAAUAAAGCUGAAACCGAAUACCAACACAACUAUUAAGCCAGUUAUAUUCCUUUACGAAGCAAGGAACACUGGGCCCAUCAUGCGUUCGCCGCGUAUCGGAACUCGUACAGCCAACACACGAUAGAUACAAAUAUUCGGAAGCUAUGCGAAAACUGCGAGUUUUAAUCGAAUUCUAUGGCGAGAAGUUGACGAACUUUAGUCUCCCGAAGUACCUUGUCCAGACAUACCAGGAGUACGCCCAUGGCGACCCCCGUAGUGAACGGCGUGUGGUUCUGGACGCCUCAAUCCUCCCAGAGAUUCAAAAUGUGCACAACAUUCGAGUUGUUGAAGACAAAGUACUUCUCGGCAGAUUUGUUAAGACGAUUGAAGAGCAAGCACACGACGAAGAUGCGCACAGAUGGUUUAGUGUGGUCUACUUGACCACGCUGCCAUUCACAGCAUCAGGAGAUUCUGGGACCCCCGUCUACGCGGUGGGGGUUUCUAUACCUCUCGAUAUACACCUGGGAUCAUUCUUGUCUUUAGAAACGCUCUGUUAUUAG